CCUUAACCAAUCAAUACUAGGAGCCACCACGAUGCUUCGCUAGAUAUUAAGCGACCGUUUCCCGACGAAAUGUCGCCUCUUGAGGCUAGUUCAGGGGUGAAUGCGGCCACAUAUGUGGACGAGGAGGAAUGUUUACCUUUUCCAAUUUUUAUUGCGGAGUUAGAACUGCUCGUAGGGAACAGCAAGCGUGGCAAACCGGAUGGCGUUCAGCUGCUGGAGCUGUUGCAAAAGCUAGUGGCAACUAUUCCCCGCACGGACAAACCUGUAAUGAAGCAGUACCAGAGACAGUGCGAGACGAUGCUCUACGACGUGCUGGUUCACGGAGUCGGCGCUGCGGUUCGGCGGCUUAUUUACAGCUGCUUCUCGUCCCUCUAUGCCCAUGGCGAUUCCGUCUCCAUCUACACGCGCGUCGGCACGCUCCUGUCCUACCUGAGCAGCAAAGAGGGCAUGAGCAGGUCAACCGCUGAGGCAAUCCGGGUGGGCCUGUUGGACUUCCUCGCGCACCUGGUUAUGCUCCACGGCAGGAUGCUUGCCGCCUCGGCGCAAGAAUCCAUUGGGAUUGCCUCCCGUACCGUGAGUAAGUACGGCAAUCAAACCGCCGUACGCUGCGCUGCACUGCGCCUGGCCACGGCGGUGGUCCGCGGGCUGAGCCCACAGGACCGCUCCGCUGCGGCGGUGCACGCCGAAGCCUGGGCUGUCAUCCAGCGGCAUGGCAAGGAGAGGACGUCGGAGGAGGUGCGCGCUGGUUGCCUGGCGCUGCUGAGCGCGCUGUGCGGGGCGGGGGCGGGUGUGCUGUGGCGCGAGGGCGCCUACGGAGCGGAGGAGGCGCUGCGGCUGUGUCUGGGUCUGGCGGACGACCCGGUGCAGGUUGUACGGGAGGCAGCAUGGCGGGCGCUGGGCGAGCUGGCGGCUGCGUCCCGUGGGUCGGUCGCCGCGGAAGCGAUGACGGCGGAGAAGCGGCCCGCCAAGAAGGCUGCGGCGGAGCGGGUGGUGGGCGGCUGCGUGCGCGCGUGCCUGGUGACGCCGCUGGUGGACGCGGCGGUGCAUAACAGGCGUGAGGCUUGCUUGGCGGCUGGCGGCGCGUGGCUGUCGUACAUCUCUUCCUUGCCUCGCCACCGGGAGGGCCAUGACCACACCGCCGACCUCAUGGAGGUUGCUGCCAUGCUCGUCAAUGCGGUUAGCGAGGCGGGCAGGCUGGCGGCGGAGGCGCGGGCGGCGACGCCACCUGACGCCCCUGUCGAGCUAGGCGCCGGGCUGGCAGGCGGCGAGCUGCCGCCGCUGCAGGCUUGUGCGCUGUACGUGCUGCGCCGCGGAGUGAUAUCGGGGCUGGCGGAGGCUGCGCAGCGGAAGCUGCUAGAGCGGCUGGCGCUGACACUGGACAAGCGGCUGUCCACGCCAGCUGUGGUGGUGCUGCUAGAAGCCCUGGCCACCUUGCUUGAGGCGCUGGGCGAGGUGACGGAGGACACCGCCGCCACCCUGGAGCGAGCGCUGCAGCCCCACAUCGCCUCCGCCAGCUCCGCCACCCGCCAGCAGGCCGCUGUUGCGCUGGCAGCCCUGGCAGCAGCGCACCCCGCAGCCGCCGCCAGGAUGCUGUCGGGCUGCCUGGACACCAUCACCACCUGCGCCGCGCAGAUGGCUGUGAGUCUGUCCCCAGCGGCGUCCGGUAGCAUGGAUGCCGCGUCCUUGUCGCGGCCCUCUACCCCACGGAACGGCAGCAGCAGCGGUGGCGCCCCGGAGGCCGCAUCCGCCGUCGCCGCUAACAGCACCACUGCUGCCGUCGCCGGGGCGGCUGCGCAGCAGACGGGCAGCAGCGUCAGCUCCGGCAGCGGCAUCCCACUACCCAGCAGCGCCAGUGGGCGUCUGUCGCCGGCUCAGCGUUCGCUCAUGGAUACCGCUCAUGGCGCAGCGCUGGCGGCGGCGCGGCUGUUGCUGACGGCGGCUCGCGCGCCGCUGGGGUGUCCGGCGCGGCUGCAGCGGCGGGCGCUAGCGCUGGCUGAGGACCUGGUGACGGGGCCGGGGCCACAGGUGGCAGCAAGCAGGGCCAUAUGCCGCGAGGUGGGCUUCCUGCUGCUGGGCUCGCUGUGCAGCCUGGGGGUGCCGCAAGCGACCCGUGGGUCUGAGGAGAUUGCGUCAUUGUGGCGGACUGCCCUGGGCGAGACGGCGCGGAAAGAGCUUGACGAGCGCAGCUACCUCCGCCCCGGAGGCGAUUUGGAUCUCGCGGUGCAGCUCUGGUGGCGCUCCAUCGCCCUGCAGGCCCUCUCCGCCUACAUCGCCUCGCCAGCAGCUACCGCGCCCGCCGGCUCCAUGCACGGCACCAACCGCAACGGCGGCGCACCCUACCGUUCCAUCGCCUCCAUGCCUUCCCUCAGCACCACCUCGGCCUCGUUCUCCAUGCGAUCCCUGCUGGAACCAAGCGGCCAGCCGGGGCUGAGGUCUUCGGGGUCCGCUGGGGCUGGGCUGGGCGCGGAUGCAGCAGCAGCGGUUGCCGCAGCGGAUGGGGACGUUGCCGGCCAGCUGGCACCGCUGGUGCUGCCGCUGCUGGACUUGCUGGACACGCAACCCUACCUGCAGGACCCCGCCAGAGCCCGGGGCGGGCCGGGCGGUGUGCUGGCAGGGGCCUCCGCCAUGUUCGCCCUGAGCCUGCUGGAGCUGCACCUGCGUGCUCCGGCCGGCCGCAUCGGGGCAUCCCCGCAGCACAUGGCCGCGCUGGCUAAGACCUGUCUGCGGCCUUUCAGGCUCGGCCUGGCGCCAGCUUCGGCGGACGCGCUCACCCUUUGUGCGCUGCGUGGUCUUCUCAGCGCGGACGAUGCACCUCUGGGGCCCUGGCCUGCCGGGUUGGACGCGCAUGAGGAGGCGUUGAGGACCUACACGGGGGCUCGCGGGGGCCCAUACCUGCCUCCCUGGCUCACGGCAGAGGAGCACGCUGCGAUGCUAACAGGAGGCACUGCUGUCGCGUCGGGCCCUAGCGCUGCCAGCGGCGGCUCUCCCUACGGGCACAGCGCCGCCGGAGCCGUCAUCGUCGCCGACGGCCAUGACGAAGCUGAUGGGAUUGCGGAGGCUGCGGGGGCAGGCACCCUGGCGGGUACAGCGUCGGCAAGCGGUGGCCAUGGCCUCGGCAGCGGCACGGCGGGGUCGGCGGCGACGGAACGCGCACACGUUACGUAUCCGCAACCGCUGGGGCUGGAGGUGGCGCUGCUGUCGGCGCAGCUGGUGCUGCUGGGGCGGCUGCUGGGGUCGGCUCCAGUGCCGCAGCAGCUGCAAAUACUGGAGGUGAUUCUUGGCGCGGUGCAAGCUGCUAAAACGCUGGCCCGACAGAGCAGGGACGCUCCCGCCUGCCAGCGCCUGCCGCUAGGCGUGGCGGCGGCGGUUGUCACGCUUGCAGCGUACGGCCCGGGCGCCAUGGCGUCACGAAGGUCCCGUGCGCCGCUGGAUCCAUCCGAUAAGGUACCCGAGAAGCUGCUGCUCCUAGCGCAGACACUCAUGCCCGACGAGCACGCCGCCGCCCCCGAUGCCGCACCGCUGGCUCGUGCCGCCGCCGAGCUCUUCGCCGCCUCCGCCGCCGCCGGCUCAGACGCCUGGGCGCUGCGUGUCGUACGAUCCUUAGCCUCGGAGGCCGCCGCCAGCGCCGCGGAAGGCCGCGAUUCGGAACGCCGUGGCGUAGUGGCAGUGGCGCUGGGUGCGGCGCAUCGCGCCCGCGGCGGCUUGGCCAUGCAGGGGGCUGUGGCGGGCAGCGUGGAGGGCUUGGUGGCGGCGGCCAGUCGGCCCGGCAAUGCGGCGGGCGCGGCGUGGGUGCUGCAUGGGUUGUGGCUGGUGGCGAGCAGCAGUGGCGGGGCGUUCGUGCCGCGGGUGCGGACCAGCUUGCAGCUGGGGCAGGAGCUGCUGGUAAGCUCCUACGAGUCGCCCGCCCUGCGUGCCGCCUGCGCGCGCCUGGCCAAUGCAGCCGUGGCUGUGCUCGGUCCGGAGUUCAGUCUGGGCAGUGCGGUGUACGCACGAGCAAAGUCCCUAGUGGCGGCAAGCGGAGGGGUACAGGAUGCGGCGGCUGUCGUUACCGCCGCCGGCGGCGGCACCGCUGAAGGCGCCGUACAGUCGGAAUCCGCCGCUGCAAUGGAUGGCGCCGACGGCGGGCUGGGCUUGGUGCUGUUCGUCCAGCAGAUCAUCCUAUUCGCGCCGCAUGCGGUGCCGCCGCGGAAGCACGUACCACUAUUUCUGUCGCACCUGCUGUCGCACCAGCCCGAUCUCCGAGCCGCCUCAGCGCUCACUCUGCGGCACCUGGCGGAACGGUCCGCGGAGGCGCUACCUCCAGUGGAGGCGGCGCCGCUGCUGUUUGCGGCCUUGGACCGCGAGACGGAUACCCAGAUAACUAGCCAGCUUCGCGCUACGCUGACCACCAUCCUUACCGCCAGCGCUUCAACGCAACCGUCUUUUUGGCUGAGUCUCCUCAGCGACGUCGUCUUCGCGGCUGGGCCGCCGUCAGCAGCGGCGGCGGACGCCGGCGGCGCCGACGCCGACGCGCCCCGCGGCGGCGAUGACGAUGACGAUGACAAGUACGGCCAACCGGCAGCGGCAGCAGCAGCGACGGCGGCGCCAGCAGCAGCCUCAUCGUCCGGCGUGAGCGCAGGGGCGGAGGCGGCGGCAGGGUCUGGUGGGGUGAAGGCGUUGAGGUCUGUUCGAGAUCUUCUUUCGGCGCCGCACCUCCGCACCCGGCUCUUUGCAGCCGACGGCUUGCUACGCCUCGUCCGCAUUUGUGUGUCUUCCGACGAGCGACAUCGGGACCCCGCCGCGCUGGAGGCUCGCGGCUCCGAGCACCCGGCUUCUUCCACGCCUGGGACACAUGCGGGGAACGCGGCUGCUGGGUGGGCUAGUGCUUUCGGAGCCGACAGCAGCAGCAAAGACAGCAGCCGCUUGACGGGUGUGGAGGGCUCCGAGCCGCACCGAGACGUGUUGAUUGCAAAGUUACAGGCUCUGGUGGACGUGGGCUUCAAGCUCGCCACGUGCCCCUUGGAGUCGCUAAGGCCGCAUGGGGUGCGGCUGCUGACGAUGCUGGUGGUGCUGUUCGGAGACGUGCCCGACCCGCUGCUGCAAGGUGCGCGGCUCAUGGAGCAGUACCAGGCGCAGGUGGUUUCGGCGCUGCGCAGCUCGCUGGGCGCUCGUCAGGUGGUCGCGGCGGGCGGCCUGCGGGGCCCCGCGGGUGGAGCCUCCGGUGGCGCUGCUGCGGCGGUCCCACCAGCGGCGCCGGCGGCGUCGGAGAGCACCGCGCAGCACCCGCUGCUGCAGAUCGCGGGCGGCGCGCUGGCCACGUGCUUCUUGGAAAGCGGCUUGGCUGCGGGUGAUGCCGUGGUCAUGCGGCGCCUCAUGGACCUGCUCUCCGCGCCCCUGGCCGCCUGGGACACCCUGCACUACCAGCCCUACGCGGAGUGGGUGGGCGCCCGAGCGCGAGUCGAGCUGCUGAGGGCACAUGCGCAGUGCGCCGCCAUCGCGGCUGCAGCGGCUGCGCGAGGCGACACGCUGUGCGCAGGCAUCGUAGCCAAGGCGCAUGAGCCGCAUGCGGCGCGGCUGCAGGCGCUGUGGGCGCUGCUGCUGCAGGACCAUGCGGUGCUGAGUUCGCAGCCGGAAGAGGUACUAGCGGCGUACCGGAGUCCGUUGUUGGGAGGGGAGGUGGAGCUGCGGUCGGCGCCAGCGCCUCCAGCGGCGGCGUCGACGGCAGCGGCAGCGGCUGGAGCUGAAAGCGAUGGCGGGGCGGCAGUGGCAGAGCCCCUCAGAGAUGGGGAUAUGGCCGCGGGUAUGGACAGUACCUGCAGUGAUGGUAGCGGCGGAGGGCUGGCACCAGCGCUUGCGGCGGUGCUUCGGCCGGUUUACGCCGCGGCAUGUCCUGCUGCGAUGGCGGCACUUGCGGGAUCCCUGCCCCCGGCAACGCAGGUUGCGGCUGAUAUGACGUCACGGGCACAGUUUCGGCGAGUGCUGGAGGUGGGCCUCAUGCUGCUCACGGACGCCUCAGCCCGUGUUGCGCACGCAAUGUUGGGCGUCACGGGGGGCGUCGGCUUCUUCGUAAGCUCCGGCGGCUCCGUCCACGCAUUGAACGGGGACUUGAAUCCGCUUCUGCAGCGUCACAGCACCUACCACUACCAGCGUCAUGGCUCGGCAUCAUCGGCGAUCAAGGCGGGCUCUGAAGUUGUCAGCUUGCAGCACGUUCGCGACACCGUAACUCGCCUGACGGGCAUGCUGCGUGCCCUCCAGCGGCUACUGGCGCCGAGCUACCUGGCUGCAACGGUGGGCGGUGCCUGCACCCCGGCAUAUGGAGGCACCAGCAGCAACACCGCCGACGGCUGCGGCAGUCCUGCAGCAGCCGCAGGGGUUGAACCGCUCGUCCCAACUGCCGUAUUGCGUGACGUGCUUGGCCUCCUCAGCACAACAGCAGCCCAUGCGUUGUUGCCGCUGCAGUGGGCAGUGCUUGGAGGUGUCCUCCCAACCAGCCUUGCAACGCAGCUGCAGGGGCUAGUGCUGCCCUGCUGUGCCUUGGUACGGGAAGUGUGCAGCGCAUGGCCGGAGGAGCUCCUAGGCGUGGUUUCGGAGCCAUCGGUGGCAGCAGGCCUGGCGACGACGGAUGCUCAACCUGCGAGCAACGCCCAUGGUACGGUGUCUCCUAAUUCACCAGGCAGUUGUCCACGUAAGCACAUGGACGCGGAAGGAGGCCAGGGCGUGGCUUCUCCAAUGUCGAACCGCUGUACAGGCGGUGGAGCUAGCGCCGAAACCAGCGUCACAGCCGCAUGCGUGGAGACAAUCCUGCUGCUGGCGUCCGUCUGCGCCCCGUACGGGUACGACACGCCAGCGGGUCGGUACGGCGGCAGCAGGGCGAGCAAUGAUGGCGGUAGUGCUGCUGCUCAUGAGGCAGCACCUGCGGAUUGCAGCUCAAGGUUCCCUAGCUGGCUGCUACCCGCGCGGAGCCCCUGCUCCUCCCCCUCGUCAACCUCGAGUGGCGACGGCGGUAGCAACCUGGAGGAGGAUGUGGCACAGGGCUGCAUGCGGAUGCAGGUUCCGGGGUGCUCGCCGCUGCCCGCUGCGACCCCCGAGCAUGCAGCUGCGAUGGCACAGGGCGUUGUUCAGGUGCUCGCGGCGGCGCAGCAGCUCGUACGGAGGGCGCCCUGGCCCUCCCUGGAGCCUCACCUGGGUUCCCUCCUGGAGCUUCCGCUGCGGCUCAUCCUGACCACGGCACCCGGGACCCCCAUAGUAGGAGCGGCGCAGCGUUUCCUAGACAACGCAGUUGCUGCGCUUGCAGCUGGCGCUUCAACAAGCCCGCAACCAACCAGCGGUAGUGCCGCCGAGACUGCGGUGGCAACGGCGGCGCCGGCCUCCUCCUCGCCAGCAGCCUACGCUGCUGCAGCGGUGGUUGCCUUGUCCGAUGCAGCAGACUUGCACUUGAAGGCGCUUCAGAGGCAAGAUGGGCGAGGGGAAAGCAGCUCAGGCAGCGCAAGCGAGGGCGCAUAUGGCCGUGCGCAGCGUACAAACGGAAACGAGCAGAACGGCGCUCCUUCUCACUCCCUGCUGUCAGGCCGCUUUGCUGCACUGGUGGUACCGCUGCUGGCGUGCACUGCCUCCGUGUUCACCACGGAGUCCCCCAGCUCCGCAACAACAUCACACAGUGCCCACAGCAGCCAUAGCCACAGCGGUAGCAGUCAUAGGACGGCGGCAGGGUUCGGGCUGGGGUCGGGAUCCAGAUCCGGAUCUGCAUCUGGGUCGGGACCGAGUCGUUCGUCAUCUAGCGGCGGUAGCGGUGGCUCUCCCGUACGACGGCGAGCAUCUCGCAGCGGCGGGGGAGCGGCUGCUGGCGGGGGCCGCUCGCCGGGAGCAUCUCCGCCGCCCGCUGGUGGCAGAAGGGGCGGGGAGGCUGCGACAGGAAGUGGCACGCUACCGAUACCAUGCGCGACGCUUUCAGCUGCAGGAGCGAGGAGCUGCGCGUUCGGUGUCUUAGCGGCGGCGCUGGGGCCGGAAACGCCGCCAGCGGCGGCGCAUGCGGUGCUGGAAGCCGUACGAACGGCGGUUCAGGAGGCGGCGGCGGAGGAUGCGGCAUCAGCGCGCGGGCGGUGGUGCCGGCUGCUGUUGUGCACCCUGAGCCCCGCCGCGGUGGCGCGUGUGGGGGUGCUGCUGGCUGAGGCAGGACAGCCGCUAUCAGGCGAGGAGCAGGCGCUGGUGGCCGAGUGUGUGAAGCUGCUUGUGGUGGGGGCGACACUGGCGGGUCCGCAGGGCGCAGCUGCCCAGGAUGGAGUCAUGCAGGUACUUGUGCCGCUGCUAGUGGAGCUGGCGGCUCCAGCAUUGGGCCCGGCAGCAGUGACACCCGCACUACGGGACAUGGCGAUCAAGCUCAUCACCUCCCUGCCCGCUUCAGCCGCUGGGAACGCCUUUAAGACGCACCUAGCAGCACAGCCGGCUGCUGCCAAGCUGCGGCUGCAAACCGCGCUACGGGAGGCUGCUGCUGCCGCUGCUGCAGCUAGCACAGCGGCUGCUGCAAGCGGGGCUAGCGCUGGCGUUGCAGCACCGCAGCAGUUCGGCGUUGUUGGCGCGGCAGGAGCACCCACUGCGGGACCUUCCGCGGGAGCAGUGGGGGCCGCUGGGCGCAGGCCCGCGAUCCAGCUGAAAACAACGUUUGCACUGCCUCUGCCUGGGAAAUAGCGGUCUGCGAGUGCUAGAGGGCAGCAUGUGCCAGGUUUUGGGUACGUAGGAGGCUGUGCGGAUGAGGGAACCCUCGGAACAUGAGAGGAAGUGCGCAGGAGAGGAAGGGCGGGUGGACAGGGCAUGUGUCUGAGUAUGCGUGUGUCAUUGACUAAUUUCAUGUGAGGCUGGCCGGGACAAGGUGCAUUUAAAGGAUUAAAGCUGUCCCCACGAACCUUUGCUGUGAGCUCCAAGACAGAAGCCCACACCAUCGUAACAAGGGUACCUGCAGUUACAUGCCCGCAGAGGCCAUGUACGUUCUUGUCCCAUCUCAAUCUGUUGUCUUCCUGCAAUACGAAAC